AAGAGACAGCGCACACUGUUUAAACAGCAAGUGGACGAAACGGAGUAUGCUAUAAAGAACGGAAUGCGCUGUGUGGUUCCCUAUAUUUACAAACAUGAGACUUUUUGCAAGCAAAGAUGGUUCGGAAAGAAAAUUAUCGAUGUGUUUUCAAAGGAAUUCGGAGCCUACUCGCCUGAGUACUACGAAGAGGCGAUUCGCAAUGGGCGAAUUCGUGUAAAUGGGGAGAGAGUCACAAGGGAUCACAUUUUAAAGAAUGGGGAUCGAAUCACUCACACAGUGCAUCGACACGAACCUCCCGUUCCCUAUUCUCCAGUUGUAAUCCUCGGAGAAACCGAUGACAUCAUUGCUGUGAACAAACCAGCGGCUCUUCCGGUCCAUCCAUGCGGAGCAUACCGCUACAACUCCUUAGAAACCAUCUUACGAAAGGAAAACAAACUCUCCGAGUUCUACUUCAUUCACCGCUUGGACCGCGUAACGAGCGGUGUCAUGCUUCUAGCCAAGCGCAAGGACAUCGCUAGCAAACUCUCCGAGCAAUUGGUGAAGGGAGGGUUUCACAAAGUGUACUUGGCGGAGGCCGAAGGGAAUUGUUUUGAAAAACCGGAGAUUCCGGGUGUUUUUUAUACACAGCAGAACGGAAUAGCGGUGGAUCGAAAUAUCGCCGUCGUAAGUCAGAAGGAGGGAAUUUUCAAGGUGGACGAAAAGGAGGGAAAACCUGCAUACACGUAUCUCUUCCCACUUUAUUAUUCGAAACAGAGUAACACAACGCUUAUGGAGUGUGUGCCCAUCACAGGAAGAACGCAUCAGAUCCGAUUGCAUCUCAAGUACAUCGGGCAUCCCAUCGAUGAUGAUGUGAACUACAAUGAAUCGAUUCAUGUUCCAAAGUGA